AGAGCAGUGUUGCACUGCAUGGUGUGCACAGCACCACUGCAAGGAAGUGUCCGUCCACCAUUCAGGUAUGGCGGCUUUGCCUUGCAUGGUGUUUUUCGAUGAGUUUACUUUGUGCAAUCAUCACUUACCUAAAGUGUCAUAAGUGUGAAGACCAUUGUGUUGUUUGAACUUUGGAUAGGAGUAAAAUGCAAAUUUGACUGGAGGCCAAGUUAAGGUGGAUCAUCAAUCAUUGAUUUUUCUCUUCCUGUUAUUCUGAAAACGGCCUUGUUUUUCAGUGUUAAGUUUUAAGUUUAUUUAUGAUAAACGGGGUGCUAUCUUAGGUGUAUACCCUGCCAUUUGCGUUCAUGCUUUGUAUUACGGAGCCCCACAGGCAAAACUGACUGAUUAAAGUGAUACAAUGACGGCUUGUACUGCAGGGCCUAGCACUGGACUCGCACUUCCGCUCUUACAUCCUACAGACAGUUGCUUCAGUGAGCAGUGCUGCUGCACCAGAGCCCAGCUGUUGUCCUGGAGACAGAGGUGAUUUCCUCCUCUGAGACUUCUCAAGAACAUCUGCAGGCUGUCAGACCCAGCUGGGUGAACUGUUGGCACGCGCUCUUUCUCUUUAUGUACGUUUCUCACCACUCGGCGUGUUGGUUUGUAUAUCUGCCGGAUAAAAGCUCAGUGGAUAAGGACAGAAAUUAUUGUUUUUUCUCUCUGCACUUGACCCUGCCACCCUGCUGCUGUAAUGGUGAUGUUAAAAGGGCAGCAGCAUCAAAGCAGCCGCAGAGCAUCCUGAGACUGGAGGGUCGAGAUGAGGGACAGAUUGCCCAGGACCCCUGCUGUACAUACUGUAGAAGAGGGAUGGACACAGCUAAUAACACAAACAUGAUGCUCAUUGUGACGGUCUUACUACAGGAUAUCCAGCGGUGGGAGAGGUACUGCAUGUGUGUGUGUGUGUGUGUAUGUUUACCAGCUCUAAUGGUAGCAGCUAGAAAACAUCACCUGUGACAGGAUUAAACCGCCUCACCAUGACAGAGGUCCAGACUCCAUGGCCACAGGGCACAGAGUGUGUGGCCAGGUACAACUUCAAAGGCACAUCAGAACAGGACCUGCCCUUUAACAAAGGAGAUGUUUUGACUAUUAUUGUCGUCACAAAGGAUCCAAACUGGUACAAAGCUAAAAAUUCUGCUGGUCGCGAGGGAACAAUUCCAGCCAACUAUGUUCAGAAAAGGGAAGGUGUGAAAUCUGGAGGCAAGCUGAGUCUAAUGCCAUGGUUUCAUGGGAAGAUAACGCGGGAUCAGGCAGAGCGGUUGCUUUACCCUCCUGAACCAGGCCUGUUCUUGGUGCGAGAGAGCACCAACUUCCCUGGCGACUACACCCUGUGUGUGAGCUGCGAUGGCAAGGUGGAGCACUACCGCAUCAUCUACCACAACGGCAAGCUCACUAUUGAUGAUGAGGGGUACUUUGAGAACCUCAUGCAGCUGGUUGAGCACUACACCAAAGAUGCUGAUGGCCUGUGCACCAGACUAAUAAAGCCAAAGGUGGAGGAGGGGACGGUGGCCGCUCAGGAUGAGUUUUCCAGGAGUGGCUGGUCAAUGAACAGAAAAGAACUCAAGCUACAGCAGGUUAUUGGAAAAGGAGAGUUUGGAGAUGUCAUGGUGGGAGACUACAGAGGGACUAAAGUAGCUGUAAAGUGCAUAAAAAAUGAUGCUACAGCACAGGCCUUUAUUGCAGAGGCUUCUGUCAUGACGCAACUACGGCACGAUAACCUGGUGCAGCUGCUUGGGGUGAUUGUAGAGGAGAACGGGAGUCUGUAUAUAGUUACUGAGUACAUGGCCAAGGGAUGUUUGGUUGACUACUUACGUUCCAGAGGCCGGACAGUACUUGGUGGAGAUGCUCUACUUAAUUUUGCACUAGACGUCUGUGAAGCCAUGGCGUACCUGGAAACCAAUAACUUUGUCCACCGAGACUUAGCAGCCCGCAACGUUCUUGUGUCAGAAGACAACAUCGCCAAAGUCAGUGAUUUCGGUCUGACCAAGGAGGCCUCGUCCACUCAGGAUACUGCUAAGCUGCCUGUGAAGUGGACAUCACCAGAGGCCCUCAGAGAAAAGAAAUUUUCCACCAAAUCAGACGUUUGGAGCUACGGUAUUUUGCUUUGGGAGAUUUACUCGUUUGGCCGAGUGCCUUACCCGAGAAUUCCAUUAAAAGAAGUUGUGCCUCGAGUGGAGAAGGGAUACAAAAUGGACUGUCCAGAUGGUUGUCCUGAAGUGGUGUAUAACAUCAUGAAGCAGUGCUGGAUCCUGGAUCCUGCUGCCCGACCAAGCUUUCAGAUGUUGAAGGAGUGGCUACAACAUAUCACCCAAGGGAGGGGAAAAAAACAAUCAGCAAUCUGACAGAACAGACACAAAAUGUGACUUUCCUCUUCCUUCAUUUUGACCACUUGGACCAUAACGCGGGACGAAAAAAUUGAUUUCAAACUGUAUUAGUUGACAAAAAAGCUUGUUUUCACACAUUGUCCAUAAACUAUCAAGGUUUAUGUUUUAUCCCUCACCUCAGACUGCAGUAACUCUUAAUUAACAGCUCAGUUGCUCUAAUAGAGCUCGGUUAUUAAGAGUGAAUGAUUAACUGUCAUAUCGACGCGUCUUUCCUUAGACAGUGCUGCCUCAGAGCCACAGUGCCUUGACCUGUUGUUUUAUUUGUAUUUUAUGCCCUUUAUGUUGAUAUCCAUGGUUAUUUUUGUGGCAUCAUUUGUUGCAUAAUUUUAUGAACAUGUAGACAGUAACAUCAUUUGACCACUGUAAGUUGACUGAAUCUAUGGUAUCCGUUUAAAGAGGAAACACGCUUCAAAAGUAGUAAUACAAUUUUGAUACGUCAUUACUUGCGGUAUUAUUUUUGACAGUUUCCAGGUACACCGUUUUGCAUGAAUGUUGAAUUAUUUUGUUAAAAGGAUUAAGUUAAAAUAACUGUAAUUAUGCAGCUUUAUUUUUUCAUUGUUAUAUAAUUUUUUAUAUGUUAUUCCUACUUUUAGAUCCCUCUGUAAGUCAUAAAAGGAAGCAGUGUGGACAUAUGUCACCUUUACUACUGAGACAAUAACACCAUCAGUCAUGUAGGCAUCAUUCCUAUGUACAGAACAUCCAUCUGACAUCAAUAAAUGUUUUAUUUUGGGAAAUGUAUGCAAUGAGAAAAGGAGAAUGUUUAUCAAUUUACUGUGUUGCCAUUUUCAACAAUAAAAAAAGAAUACAUUUUGAAA